GAGUUUGCAUUGCAGGCAGCUUUCUUUUCUGGAGAAACACACAAGUGAUUCAACUCGCAUUGGAGCACCAGUUGCCACCGGGUUUAGUCGUGUUUUUUUAACAGAGGCAUUUGUAUGAACUUUUAUCUUUAAACUCUGUUAAUUAUCCUACCCAAUUUGGAUAGGCUACGUUUUCUCUCCUGUGCCACAUCUCCACACUAAAGGAGCAUGAGCAGUUGGUGAGCUGAAUACCAACAACUAAAUCUAUAGAUCUUUAUAACUUUGGUUGAUGUUGAUGCGCAUUUCACCGUGCGCUAUUGAGAUGGCAAAACCUUUGGAUCACAUAAAGAGGCCCAUGAACGCUUUCAUGGUGUGGUCUCGCGGUCAGAGACGAAAGAUGUCACUGGAGAAUCCCAAAAUGCACAACUCUGAAAUCAGCAAAAGACUUGGCGCGGAAUGGAAGUUGCUUUCCGAAUCAGAGAAGCGACCAUACAUUGAUGAAGCCAAGAGAUUGCGCGCGCAACACAUGAAAGAUCACCCCAACUACAAGUACAGACCUCGGCGCAAACCCAAGAGCUUGCUAAAGAAGGACCGGUUCCUUUUCCCCUUUCCCUUCCUCGGGGACGCAGAACAUUUGAAAGGAUUUUCCACGGAGUCCAUUUUGGCUUCCGCUGAGAAAGCUAGAGCCCUUUUGCCGCCGACAUCAUCACCAUACUCGCUCCUUGACUCAGGUCAAUUCAGCACCGGUGCUGUCCAGAGGAUCUCAGAAAUUCCCCACGCUCUGGCUGCCAACGGCUUGUCAUAUGCGCCCUCUUUGGGAUACCAGACUGGCGCGUUUGGAAGUUUGGGAUGCCCCAGCCAGCACACUCAUACUCACCCGUCCUCCACGAACCCGGGGUACGCCUUGCCCUGUAACUGUGGCACCUGGUCGGCGACGGGUUUACAGCCUCAGGUUGCAUACAUCCUUUUUCCAGGUAUGGCCGGUAUAGACCCGUACUCCUGUUCACCACAUUCAAGUGUGUGACCACAUAAAGAAAAAACGCAUGUGAAUAAAAUACAUGAAUGUUCACAUCAUAACUGUCAAAAUAGUUUUGCUGUUGUCUCACAUCAAGGUGAGCAAUGGGCUAUAUCUACCACGCACGCGCAACG